GGCGGCGGCGGCGGCGGCGGCGGCGGCGGCGGCGGCGGUCGGUGCGGGAGGAGGGAGGGGAGCUCGCGGGCCGGAGAGGGGGCGACGGCGGCGGCGGGGGCCCGACGAGGCCCGAACGGCGGCAGCGGCGGCUGAGGCCGAGGCGGAGCCUGGAGAGGUGUGGCUGGACCAAGACCUCCCCCGAUGUGAGCAGGUUUCCUCCUCCCCCUACCACCCGUUGCCACCACGCCAGGGAACGUCCUCAAGCCCUGGCCCUCAGGGGAGAGGUGACAGGAGCUCUGAGCCGAGACCAUGUGACGGCGCUGGCCCUCGCCACCGCCGUCCCCCCCACCCUGGCCCCAGGCCCGGCACCAUGAUGUUCCGCGACCAGGUGGGCAUCCUCGCUGGCUGGUUCAAGGGCUGGAAUGAGUGUGAGCAGACGGUGGCCCUGCUGUCACUUCUGAAGCGGGUCACUCGCACCCAGGCCCGGUUCCUGCAGCUCUGCCUGGAGCACUCGCUGGCGGACUGCAAUGACAUCCACCUGCUAGAGUCGGAGGCCAACAGUGCUGCCAUCGUCAGCCAGUGGCAGCAGGAGUCCAAAGAGAAGGUGGUAUCCCUCCUGCUGUCCCACCUGCCCCUGCUUCAGCCAGGCAACACGGAGGCCAAGUCGGAGUACAUGAGACUGCUGCAGAAGGUGCUGGCCUACUCGAUCGAGAGCAAUGCCUUCAUCGAGGAGAGCCGCCAGCUGCUCUCUUACGCCCUCAUCCACCCGGCCACCACACUGGAGGACCGCAAUGCACUGGCCCUCUGGCUGAGCCACCUGGAAGAGCGGCUGGCCAGCGGCUUCCGCACCCGGCCUGAGCCUACCUACCACUCACGCCAAGGCUCAGAUGAAUGGGGGGGCCCUGCAGAGCUGGGCCCUGGGGAGGCAGGGCCAGGCUGGCAGGACAAGCCACCCCGGGAAAAUGGACACGUGCCCUUCCACCCAUCCAGCUCAGUGCCGCCAGCCAUCAACAGUAUUGGGAGCAAUGCAAACACAGGUCUCCCCUGCCAAAUUCACCCCAGCCCGCUGAAGCGCUCCAUGUCUCUCAUCCCCACGAGCCCCCAGGCCCCUGGUGAGUGGCCGAGUCCGGAGGAGCUCGGGGCCCGGGCUGCUUUCACCGCGCCCGACCACGCACCCCUCUCACCCCAGAGCAGCGUGGCCUCCUCUGGCAGUGAGCAGACGGAGGAGCAGGGCUCCAGCCGGAACACCUUCCAGGAGGACGGCAGUGGCAUGAAAGAUGUACCCUCAUGGCUCAAGAGCCUCCGCUUGCACAAGUACGCAGCCCUCUUCUCACAGAUGAGCUACGAGGAGAUGAUGACACUGACUGAGCAGCACCUGGAGUCUCAGAAUGUCACCAAAGGUGCCCGCCACAAGAUAGCCCUCAGCAUCCAGAAGCUGCGUGAGAGGCAGAGCGUCCUCAAGUCCCUGGAGAAGGAUGUGCUGGAAGGAGGGAAUCUGCGAAACGCUCUGCAGGAGCUGCAGCAGAUAAUUAUCACCCCCAUCAAGGCCUACAGCGUCCUCCAAGCCACCGUGGCUGCUGCCGCUGCCACCACUCCUACUGCCAAGGAUGGGAGCCGGGGGGAGCCACCACUGCCAGGUGCUGAGCCUCCCCUGGCUCACCCCGGCACAGACAAGGGCACUGAGGCCAAGGACCCUCCAGCUGCAGAGAGCUACCCCCCUCCACCAGCUCCAGCUCCCACUGAUGGCAGUGAGCCAGCCCCGGCUCCCGUCGCCGACGGAGACAUCCCCAGCCAGUUUACACGGGUGAUGGGCAAAGUGUGCACCCAGCUGCUGGUGUCCCGACCAGACGAGGAGAACAUCACCAGUUACCUCCAGCUCAUUGAAAAGUGCCUGACUCAUGAGGCGUUCACGGAGACGCAGAAGAAACGGCUGCUGUCCUGGAAACAGCAAGUGCUGAAGCUCCUGCGGACCUUCCCGCGCAAAGCCGCACUAGAGAUGCAGAGCUACCGGCAGCAGAAAGGCUGGGCGUUCGGCUCCAACUCGCUUCCCAUAGCUGGCUCUGUGGGGAUGGGGGUAGCCCGGCGGACCCAGCGGCAGUUCCCCAUGCCUCCCCGGGCCCUCCCGCCCGGCAGGAUGGGCCUUCUGAGCCCUUCGGGCAUUGGGGGCAUCUCCCCGCGACAUGCCCUCACUAGCCCCAGUCUUGGGGGCCAGGGCCGACAGAACCUGUGGUUUGCCAACCCCGGAGGCAGCAACAGCAUGCCCAGCCAGAGCCGCAGCUCUGUGCAGCGCACCCACUCCCUUCCGGUCCAUUCGUCGCCCCAGGCCAUUCUCAUGUUCCCUCCAGACUGCCCGGUCCCUGGGCCUGACCUGGAGAUCAAUCCCACUCUGGAGUCUCUAUGUCUGAGCAUGACAGAACACGCCUUGGGUGAUGGGACAGACAAAACCUCCACCAUCUGACGGGACCCACAGCCCAGCGCACCCAUAGGCUCCCUGGGCGGCGGGCGGGGGCCAACCCCCAACGGGCUUCUCCGCGACAGCGAGAGGGUGGGCUGGCUCAGCUAUACAUUCUAGUAUUUUUCUACUCUCUCACCCUUUUAACUUUUGUUUAACAUUGGCACACGCCUUGCUCACUCCCAGGCCCGUCAAGGGGUCUCUGCUGAGGCUCAGGGAGGUAGGGGGCAGCCAGGAUAAAGGGGCAGGGACUGGCCAGCCCGACUGCCCCUCCUUCCCUCCCUCGUUCCCCCACCCGGCCCCGUCCCACCCCUGCCUCCUCCAGACUGCCGGCCCCCUGCCCCUCCCAGGGGAGCAGCUCCCCCCUAUCUUGUGGGGCCUGCUCAGAACCAUCUGACAUUUGUGGAGAGAGCAGUGGGGUACAUAACCUGCUCUCCUGGAUGUUAUUUGGGAGGGGCUGAGGUGAAGGUGGUGGACGAGUGGAGGAGCCUCUUUUCCUCUCCUCUCCACCUUCUUCCCCAUUCUCAUCAUUCGCAAGGACAGGAGCCACCCUCCUUUCCCUCACUUCCUUUUGCCCUGUUUAUCAGAGGUUCUCUACAAUUAAUUUCUUAGGCCUAUUUAAGAUGCAUAUUUAUAUAGUUCUUAACGGUUUUUCUCUCUGAUCAUUCCCUCUCAUUUUUAGAAUCCCCAGGCCUCUGAGCCAAGAAAGUGGCAGGGGGAGCCUGAAUUUUACAAGGGGAGAGGGCAGAGCCCUCUCCUCCAGACCCCCUAGCCCUUCCCCACUUCCCCCCAGCCCGGGCUCCCCAGAUGCAGUGGUUGAAGGCCGGGAGCCAGGGCAGCGAGUGAGGUCAGGAAGUCUGUUGCCUUAACAUCCCCUUCCCGCAACCAACACACCCUUGUCCACUCCCGGGUCUGGUUGCUAAAGACUUGGGGGUAAGGAAUAAGGGAAAGGGGAUUGUUUGGUUUUUGGUUUCUUUCCCCACCCCGCUUUUUCUUUCAUCCUUCCCCUACCCCCCAUUCUGUCAUGACCUCACUUAAGUGGAACACUAUAUCAUAACCCAGAGAUUUGUCCCAGCCGUGGAAUCAUACAAACCCUCUGGUCUCUGUUCCUGCUGAGGGGUUGUGCUGGGGCCCAGGUGGAGGGAGGGGAUUUGGGGGUUCAGGCUGUGGGGAAGCCAGGGUCCCCUAUUCCAACCCCCUCUUCCUACUCAACCCACCCCACCCCCCUCACUGGGACAUUCUCAAGCUUUUCACACCGAAAAGGAAAAAAAAAAUGUUAUUUUUAGAUACAUUUUAUGAAUAACUUUUGUUAUGAAUAUGGCUGGUAACCAUUGUGUAUGUUAUUAAAGAUACAAAAUGUUGGGAAAAAACAAAAAACCAAAAAAAAAAAAAAAUUUUAAAACCACCGCCCUCCCUGCACUCUCACCCCAUUCCCCAGACCUUCUUGCCUCUGCCCUCCUGGUCUGGCCCUCCCUCAGCUCUGAGCCCAGGGAGGGGGAGGAAGCCAGGGGGGAGGGUGGCCCUGGGGAUCUGCUAAGGUCCCCACCUCCUCUCCCAGUGCCGGGCUGGGUGGGGUGUCAGGUUUAUUUAUGUACCUCUUGCACACUCAUCAACCUAUGCAAGUCCCCACCCCGGCCCCGCCAUGUUUCUGUGCCUUUGCUCAUUCCCCUCAAGCUCCCAGGGCUUCUCCAGUCCCCCUCCCAAUAGCCCCGGGAAGUGGGAUGGACAGGGGCCACCUCGUUUGGAAUCAGCAGGGUGUCCCUCUUACAGGACCCUCACCGCCUCCCAGCCAAGUCCUGUCUUCUUUGCUACCCAUCAGGGUGAGCAGGUUCUGCCUGGCACUGGGAGGUGGUGAGGGACACCCCCCCCCCACACCCAGCGGGAGGCAAGAGCUGCCCCCCCCCCCCACCUGACAGCAGAGUGUGCAGGACGCAGGCGGCCCCACUCUGAUGGGCAGGACCCUGACCCUCUUCUGCUCCAGCCCCUCCCCAGGCCCCUAUGCCCCCCCCCCCCCCACCCCACCACCAUGAUUUCACCCUCCCUCCUAUCCCCAGCCCCACUGGCAGAAUCAGCUUUGAGUAACUGUACAGUUUUUCUCGCUGUUGGAGAAGACUUACUUGUUGGAGUUUCACUUGUUUAAUGGUCUGGGCUUAUUUUGGAAAAAAAAAAAAACAAAAAAACAA